AUGAAAAUGACGAAAACAUUUUGCGGAACGCCAGACUACAUCGCCCCGGAAAUGAUCAAAAACCAGUAUUACGGAAAAUCUGUUGACUGGUGGGCAUUCGGCGUUCUGAUCUACGAAAUGCUCAAUGGUCAACCGCCUUUCGAUGGCGUUGACGAGGAUGAAUUGUUUCAGGCUAUUAUGGAAGCUACGCCUUCUUAUCCAAGAUCAAUGUCGAGGGAGUCGCAAAUAAUAUGCGCCUCUUUACUCAGAAAAGAUCCAAAGAAAAGACUGGCAUGCGGCGAUGCAUCUGCCGACGAAAUCAAAGGGCAUGUUUUCUAUCGGCUGAUCAACUGGGAGCGUUUAGAACGACUGGAUAUACAGCCUCCCUUCAAACCGAGAAUGGAGAGCAAGUACGACACUGCCAAUUUCGACAAAGAAUUCGUGAAGGAGGUCACGGACUUGACGCCGGUCGACAAAGCGUUCAUUAAGAAUAUCGACCAAUCGGAUUUCGACGGCUUCAACUUCACUAAUUUUAAAUUCAAAAGUUCAUGCUAA